AUGAAUGGAGCCAACAUUGGGGCAAAUAUUGUCUGCUUCCGACCUUCAAAUUGUAAAAGAUGUACUAGUCGUGUUUAUGAAGCAGAAAAGGUUGUGGCAGCAAGUGAAGUUUGGCAUAAAUGUUGUUUCCGUUGUUUACGCUGUGGACGGUCUUUGGAGCCUGGAAAAUUUUCUGAUAGAGCUGGAGAGAUUUAUUGCAAUAGUAGGGAAUUUUUUUGAAGUUAAGCACACAGGAGACUGGUAUUCAAUAUUUUUG